AUGACCUGGAGCACCUUCCCAACCUCGCAUGUUACAACCUGGGGCCCUCCAAAUGGCGGCGUCCCCUCACCAUAUGCUCAAUCCCCAAACCCAGCAGGCUUCCGUUUCGUCGUAGACGAGGAGAACCGCAUCAUGUUCCACGAGGCCUGCUGGGCCCCUGUGCCCACCACAACCUACACCCACACCAAGGUAGGCCAUGUUAUAGCGGCCCCAGAAAUGAUGCCAAUGAUCGCCUGGCCCAUGGGACCCGUCCCACCAGGCCAAAGCCAAGCGCCGUACUAUUUUUUCCACCAGCACCAGAUUGCUAGCGAAGUUUCAAAAUUAUCAACCACCCAGACCCCAAGCCCAUUUCAACUCAAUGGUGCUGGCCCUUGCACUGGACCUGGUGCAGACACGGACCGGGCACCGGGGGGAGCAUACAACAAUUCCCCCAAAACUCACCCGGGCACUGGUACUGGUACUGGUACUGCCGAUGCACCACAGGUCUACCUAGUCCCCGGUGCGACAUUCCUUGCAGGUGUCGACGCACAUGGGAACUUGAAAACGGUGUUUACCGGGGUUCACUCGGCUGCGAACCUGCCUCCCGGUAUCUCUACAGCAGGCCAGCCAGGUGUAGGCAAUGCACCUCAUUGUCCUGGGUAA